GUUCAAGCGAAAGGAAAUCGGGUAUAUAUAAGACGUCACUUUGGAUGAGGAAGCAUCAUUUCACCAUGAGAAUCUUGGUUUUGAUCACAACACUUGUGGUCUCGUCUUUGGCUGCCCCUCAGGGUUACAGCCUGGGCAGGCCCUCAGGACCAAGUUUUGGGAUAGGAGGUGGGGUAUCAAGCUUUGGAGGAGGAUCAGGCUCCGGAUUUGGAGGAGGAGGAUCAGGGUUUGGAGGAGGAUCAGGAUUUGGAGGAGGAUCAGGAUUUGGAGGAGGAUCAGGAUUUGGAGGAGGAUCCGGUUCAGGAUUUGGAGGCUCUGGCUUUGGAGGAGGAGGAUGCGGUCCUGGACAAGUGUUCCAUGCCGGUAGAUGUGUCACUCCACGUGAGAACCGCAAAGUCUUCUUGUACAACGCACCACCCGCACCACCAGUUCCCCAUGGUCCUCCACCGUACAUCCCUGAGCCAACCAUUGACACGAAUAUCGUGUUCAUCCAAACACCCGAAGAAGGUCCAGGACCAGACCCCAUUGUCAUACCUCCACCACAACAGCGAAGUGUCGUCUAUGUCCUCAACAGACAGACGCCAGAGCAACAGGAUGUGAUCGAAGUCCCAGCACCGCCAGCAACCAGUCCUGAGGUUUACUUCGUGAACUACGCUGACGGCGAGAACCCAGUUCUUCCCAGCGGUGUGGACCUUCAGACUGCCUUGAGUGCAGCUUCUCAAGGGGGCGGUCAAGUGGUUGGAGGUGGCGUUGGAGGUGGUUUCGGAGGCAGUGGAGGUGUUGGUGGAGGUUUCGGAGGCAGCGGAGGCGUCGGCGGUGGUUUCGGAGGUAGUGGAGGUGGAUUUGGAGGAAGCGGAGGUUUUGGAGGAGGCAGUGGUGGUGGUGGUGGAUUUGGAGGCAGCGUAAUCAGCGGUGGAUUUGGAGGUGGCGGCAGUGGAGAAUUUAUCGUCAGUGGAGGUGGUGGUGGUGGCAUCAGCAGUGGAGGUGGAUUUAGUGGAGGUUCCCCUUCCAGUCUGUAUACCACACCUUAGGAAUUUCAUUUCAUGGAUUUCAUUUUUUGUUAUGUUUCGAAUACAGUGAACAUACCAAACAGUAUUCAAACUCAUUUCUAUCGUAUUUGUAAUAAAAUGUUUCAAAUAUA